CUCUCUCUCUCUCUUUCUCGCUGGGCCAGUCCCUCUUCUCGGCCCUUCUCUUUUCUCUUGUCCUAUCUAACGCCGCCGUCGGGGGAGGAUUGAUGUCCCUUCAGCAUCAUGCAGCCGCCGCCGAGGAAGGUGAAAGUUACACAAGAACUGAAAAACAUUCAAGUUGAGCAGAUGACAAAACUUCAAGCCAAACAUCAAGCAGAAUGUGAUUUGCUCGAAGAUAUGAGGACAUUCAGUCAGAAGAAGGCGGCUAUUGAGAGAGAGUAUGCACAGGGUAUCCAGAAGCUGGCUAGCCAGUAUCUGAAGAGAGAGUGGCCUGGAGGAAAGGCUGAGGAUCGGAGCGACUGCAGGAGCAUGUAUCCUGUGUGGAAAUCUUUUCUCGAGGGAACAAUGCAGGUAGCCCAGUCUCGGAUCAAUAUGUGUGAAAACUAUAAAAACUUCAUUUCUGAGCCUGCAAGGACAGUGAGAAGCUUAAAAGAACAACAACUAAAAAGGUGUAUGGACCAGUUGACAAAGAUCCAGACUGAAUUACAAGAGACAGUGAAAGAUUUAGCUAAAGGCAAAAAGAAGUACUUUGAGACUGAACAGAUGGCUCAAGCAGUACGGGAGAAAGCUGACAUCGAGGCAAAAUCUAAACUUAGUCUUUUUCAAUCAAGAAUCAGUUUACAGAAGGCAAGUGUGAAGUUAAAAGCCCGGCGAACUGAGUGUAAUUCCAAAGCUACCCACGCAAGGAAUGAUUAUCUUCUUACAUUAGCAGCAGCGAACGCACACCAGGAGCGCUACUAUCAAACAGAUUUAGUUAACAUUAUGAAGGCUCUUGAUGGAAAUGUGUAUGAUCAUUUGAAGGAUUAUUUAAUAGCCUUCAGCCGGACGGAGCUGGAAACAUGUCAGGCUGUGCAGAACACGUUCCAGUUUCUACUGGAAACCGCCAGCAAGGUGGUACGGGACUAUAAUCUUCAGCUGUUUCUACAAGAGAAUGCUGUGUUCCACAGACCCCAGCCCUUCCAGUUCCAGCCUUGUGACAGCGAUACUAGCCGACAAUUAGAGUCAGAAACGGGGACCACAGAGGAGCACAGUCUAAACAAGGAGGCUCGGAAAUGGGCCACACGCGUGGCACGUGAGCACAAGACCAUCGUUCACCAGCAGCGGGUCCUGGGUGACCUGGAAUGUCACGGAGUCGCAGGGUCAGAACAAAGCCGAGCAGAGCUGGAACAGAAAAUGGAUGAAGCGAAAGAAAAUAUUCGAAAAGCAGAGAUAAUUAAGUUGAAAGCCGAAGCCCGGCUGGACCUGCUAAAGCAGAUCGGUGUUUCCGUGGACACGUGGCUGAAGAGUGCAAUGAACCAAGUGAUGGAAGAGCUGGAAAAUGAGCGGUGGGCCCGCCUUCCUGCAGUGACCAAUAAUGGCACCUUACACUCGCUUAAUGCAGAAACCGAAAGGGAAGAAGGAGAAGAGUUUGAAGACAACAUGGAUGCUUUUGAUGACAGCAGUUCCAGUCCUUCCGGCACCUUGAGAAAUUACCCACUCACCUGUAAAGUCGUUUAUUCCUACAAGGCUUCUCAACCAGAUGAGUUGACCAUUGAGGAGCAUGAGGUGUUAGAAGUGAUUGAAGAUGGAGAUAUGGAAGACUGGGUAAAGGCUCGGAAUAAAGUCGGUCAAGUGGGGUACGUGCCAGAAAAAUACCUCCAGUUCCCCACCUCGAACAGCCUGCUGAGCAUGCUGCAGUCGCUGGCUGCCCUGGACAGCCGGUCGCACACUUCCAGCAACUCCACGGAGGCCGAACUCGUCUCGGGCAGCCUCAACGGAGACGCCAGCGUCUGUUUCGUCAAAGCACUUUAUGACUACGAGGGUCAGACAGAUGACGAAUUGUCCUUUCCUGAGGGAGCAAUCAUCCGAAUCUUGAACAAAGAAAACCAGGAUGACGACGGCUUCUGGGAGGGGGAGUUCAGCGGGCGGGUCGGAGUGUUCCCGUCGGUGCUGGUGGAAGAGCUCUCGGCCUCAGAAAAUGGCGACACUCCGUGCACGAGGGAGAUUCAGAUCUCUCCGUCCCCCAAGCCGCCCGGCUCCCUGCCUCCUCUGCCGCUGUACGACCAGCCCCCCAGCAGCCCCUACCCCAGCCCGGACAAGAGGAGCUCCCAGUACUUCCCCCGCUCUCCUUCAGCAAACGAAAACAGCGUCCAUGCCGAAUCGCCGGGAUGCUCACAGGCACCCCGGCCUGCUGCUGAGCCCUCACAUGGCAAACUGCGACCGGUCCGGGCAGCUCCCCCUCCGCCUACACAGAACCACCGCAGGCCCGCCGAGAAGAUUGAGGAUGUAGAGAUCACACUGGUGUGAUGGCGGGUGUGCCAUGGUCACUGCUGCAAUCAAGGCCAGGCUCGGAGUGCGGCCAGUCUCGUUUCUUAGGCACCUUUGCAUGGUGAUGACUCUUAAACAGAGCAAAAACCAGGAGGACCGUUUGCAACUGGGUGGCCUGGUGGACUCCUCCCACAUUUUGAAUAUUUUGUGCCUUUUUUUGUUGUCAUUUUCUAUGUCAUCUCUCCUACCAUAGCACAAAUCCUGGCGGGCCCUCAAAAUAGCGGGGAGCAGCCCCUGUGCCUGAUAGUGGCCCGUUUUUAUCUAAGACUCAAGACCAGGCCUCGUCCUGGGGACAGUCACAGCGACACUGAUCUUGUGCACUCGUACAGUAUAUUACUGUGGCCACAGGGUGUGGCAGAGAUUCUCAUCUUCAAGUGGCUUUUGCUCAUCUGAUUAAGUUUAAUCAGAUCACUUUGGCUGCGGAGGAAGCGGAAGGAGGGACUUCAGGGAGGCUGGCUCCUCCCCACAGUUAGUCCCGGACUGAGAGCGUGGAGCUUCAUUGGAAACCAGUGGACUGCCCUGAAUUUAGCGCCAGUUGCAUCAAUGCACAUCUCUUCCACAACUAACAGAUCCAAAACAGUAACAGUGUCUUUUGUGUUAAUACUUCUGCCAUUCAUAGUAUCAGUGGAGCUAAUAAGGAGGGGCCGAACUAGUAGCCAGAUCUCAUCCGUCACAGACCAGUAGAAAGGAGGCUGCGGCUAGAGCAGAAAUGGAGCCUCCAGAUCUGAAAGGAGCCGAUUUAACGUUCUUUUUGUAUUUGGGUAUUUCUCAGCUUAAUUUUUGCAGCACAUACUCUUCUGACCAGUAUCCUUAGAGAUAAAUUAUCUAGAUAAAUUGGGGACACAUGCUUGCUGUGUUGAGCUCCUCUAAUGGGAGAGCCCCGAGCAUCGGUUUAUCCCCAAGCCAGUGCACUGGCCCAGCCAGGCAGGUGGUGGCUGGUGCAGAGCGGCGGCCAGCCCCGACGGAGAAUGCAGCUGCCUGGACCCCACUGACCUGACCUUUCCCUGGGAGAAAGAGCCUGUGGCCCAAGGAGGAAACCGGCUCCCAACAAAAGAGGACUGAAGGAUUGCACACCUGCACAAGUGCAAACUGACGAGGAAAAUGCAGGUUCUCUGUGCCGUGGAGAGAGCAGGGGCUGACUCUCCGCGGGCCGGCCAGGCACCGCAGCGGUGUCCAGGAGCAGGCCCAAGCUGGCUCCCCGCCUCCCAUGAAGAUACAGAGUGUUACCUAGGGACUGGGGGACGUCUGCCACUUGUUUUGGGUUUUUUUUUUUUUUUAAGAAAUCAAAUUUGCAGAAUUUAGUCUAAAAGUUGUAUUACACUUUGGAAAUUCCAUCCCUCCUAUGACUCUGAAAACUUGAAAUGUCGCCAAAUGUCCCCAUGGGAUUUUUUUUUAAGGUCAUAACUAAAGCAAUUUUCAGUUCGUCAUUUGAUCAUUUCAGUGACAAUACCCACUGAUGAAUCUUCUCCAUGAUUUGGGGUUUUGGGUUUCUUUUAUGUUUUCUGUUGUUUUUGCAUUUUUUGACCUGUUGAUCUAUUUGAGGUCUUUUUUGUUAUCAAACUUAUUCUUAAGUUUAAAAAAAAUAAAGGGUGGUUUUUUAAAAAGAUUUUAAAGUUUGCCUACAUGUUAAACAUCUUCAGAGCACUUUAAGAUUCUUCCAAGUGCUUAAAUAAGGCAGUUCUCACCACCCAGCCUUGUACUCUCUCUAGCUAGCCAAAUUGUCCUUGAAUCUGGGUUUUUCACAUUCUCAGAGGGUUAUUUGAAAUUUUUUGUUAUAUUUUAAAUAUUUUUUUGGAAGAGCUGCUAAUUUUAUUUUUAAAAAAACAAAGUUGUAAAAAUAAGCCUCCUUUUUAAAAAGCACCCCUCCCCCCAGGACACAUCACCCGGCAUCACAGCGCACCGGGCGGGCUCGGCAGGAGCGCCUGCCUGCAGAUGCGCCUUCGUUACAGCGGCUGUAAAAAGUUUGUAUUUAUUAUGUAUAAAAUGUUGAAUAAUAAAAAAAUGGAAUUAA